AAUACGUCAUGUUUAACCCGCGCCUGCUCUCCCCCUUACUAUUUCUCGAACCAAACACAGCCGUAAACUCAACCCAUCUAACCCAAAACCCCAACUAAAACCUAAUAAGAUGGGCGGAGAAGCGGCUCCGAUUCCGAUGGAUACCGACGACGUCGUCAUGACCACCAGCGAUCCCCGUCACGUCAGAUCCACUCCCUGGGUCGAGAAAUACCGCCCUCAGUCCCUCGCUGAUGUCGCCGCUCAUCGCGACAUUGUCGAUACUAUUGAUAGGCUGACGAGUGAGAACAAGCUGCCGCAUUUGCUUCUAUAUGGACCACCUGGCACGGGGAAGACGUCCACAAUUCUCGCGGUGGCUCGGAAGAUUUUUGGGGUGCAGAUGCAUAAUAUGGUGCUGGAGCUUAAUGCUUCUGAUGACCGUGGGAUUGAUGUUGUGAGGCAGCAGAUCCAGGACUUUGCUAGUACUCAGAGCUUCUCGUUUGGUGCCAAGUCGUCUGUUAAGUUGGUUUUGUUAGACGAGGCGGAUGCCAUGACAAAGGAUGCACAGUUUGCUCUUCGUCGAGUGAUUGAGAAAUACACGAAGACUACUAGGUUUGCCUUGAUUUGUAAUCAUGUGAACAAGGUUAUUCCUGCACUGCAGUCUAGAUGUACACGAUUUCGGUUUGCUCCUCUUGAUGCAAUUCAUGUUUCGGACCGGCUUAAGCAUGUCAUUGCUGCAGAAGGACUUGAUGUGACUGAUAGUGGCUUGGCAGCACUUGUACGCCUUUGCAAUGGUGAUAUGAGAAAAGCUUUGAAUAUUUUGCAGUCAACACAUAUGGCUUCUCAGCAAAUAACGGAAGAAGCUGUCUAUCUUUGCACUGGGAAUCCGUUGCCUAAAGACAUUGAAAAAAUAACACACUGGCUUUUAAAUGAGUCCUUUGCAAAUAGUUAUAAACAGAUAUCGGAGAUGAGGACAAGGAAAGGAUUGGCUUUGGUGGAUAUUGUCAGAGAAGUGACCAUGUUUGUCUUUAAGAUCAGGAUGCCCUCAGGUGUUCGAGUUGGUCUCAUCAACGAUUUGGCUGACAUUGAGUACAGGUUGACUUUUGGGUGCAAUGAUAAAUUGCAACUUGGCUCUUUGAUUGCUACUUUCACACGCGCUAGAGCUGCGCUGGUUGCCUCUGCAAAGUAGUUCCUCUCUUUCUCAGUUGAGCUUUUGUUAGUAGAAUCUGGUUGCUUGCAAGCAAAUAGGGUGGCAAUGUGGCAUACCUUCCGCACUUUAAGGUCCAAAGUAUGAUGGUGUUAAGAUUAUAGUAUAUGUUCUAUCCGUAUGUAGUAUGCAAGUUUCGCCUGCUAUUUAACUUAGGUCCAUUUUGGUUUA